AUGGCGGAGGAGGGGGAGGCGGCGGCGGGCAGCUCCGCGCCGGUGCCCGUCGGGGUGCCGGUGCCGGUGCCGGUGCCGGCCGGGGUGCCGCGGGCGGGCGCGUGGGUGCGGCAGCUGUCGGCGCGGUUCGCGGGGCCGGCGCGGGAGGCGGCGGCGGGCUUGGCCGGGCUGGAGGCGGCGGGGCCGUGGCCGAGCGUGCCCGCCAUGCGCCGCCUCUUCGGGGACGCCGCGGAGCCCCCCGAGGAGCGGCCGGGCCGCCGGCGCCGCCGCAAGAAGGGCCCCCCCCGCGCCUCGCCGCCCCCCGCCGCCGCCUCGCCCUUCCCACCCGUGUCGCGCGUGGCCAAAGUGAGCCUGCCGCCCUUCGCGCCCAGGGGCGAGGCGCCCGCGUGGCGCUGGCCGGGGGACGCCCGGGCUCGGGAGCACCGCAAAGCCGUGUCCAACCCGGACAUCGCCGCCGACGCCGCCACGCUGCUGGCGGCCGAGCCGCCGAGGGGGCGCAAGAAAGGAGCCCGGGACGCGCCGGCGCCGGCGGGGCAGCGCCCCACGCUCAAGGACCUGACGGCCACGCUGCGCCGAGCCAAGUCCUUCACCUGCUCGGAGAAGCUGGGCCCGCCGCGGCGGCCGUUGGCGCCGAGCCGCGUGAAGCAGAGCUGCUCCGAGCUGCUCCUCGACGGCGCGGCGUCCGACGGCGACGUCGGCCUGAAGGGGGACGACGAGGACGGGCUGACGGUGGUCAUCCAGGACCAGUACAUCCAGGAAGCGCGGCAGGUGUUCGAGAAGAUCCGCCGGAUCGGCUCCCAGCACGACGACGGCUUUGCGGCGGAGGAGAAGGGCGGCGUGCAGGCGGCGGCGCCGCGGGACGCCGCCGCCGUCACCCAAGAGAAAGCAGAGACCGAAGGAAACCUCUCCGGCGGGAAGUCCGUGGAAGAGCUCUCGGGGCACGAGUCCAGCAUGACAGAUGAAGGCAUUGUAACGGAGCCGGAAACAGGGCCCGCCGGCGCUGCCUACCAGGACCUCGAUCUCAUGGUGGCGGCUUGGAAAUUGCCUGGCGUUGGCCAAGCGGAAAGCAGACCCCUCCGAGCCGGCAGCAAAGAGGGACCUCUCCCGGCGCACGCCGCCAGAAUGAAUCACGAGGGCCCCGCUGUUGACGAUGCCCUCGACGGCAAAGCCGUGGCCCAAGCAUCCUCGGAGGCCCCUUCCACCCCGAGCACCCUGCGGCGCCGAAGGAAGUUUCCCUCGGUGGGUAACAGCGGGUCCGAAUCCAGCAACGGGAGCAACGGGGAGUCCGGCAGCGACACCUACAGGUCCUUGAGUGACCCCAUGCCGCACCGCAGGUGCUCGAUCACGGAAGAGGCCAAGAGCUUCUCCAUGGACAGCAAUCUCCUGGGGUCCCUCAGCGCCAAGGCCGGCAUGCCGGAGGCCUCAGCCAUCGCUCGGUCGGAGUGCACGGGGAGCGCCGCCAGCGACCUGUCCGUGUGCAGCGACGGCAUCAAGGACUACAGCCGGGUCAUCCAGAACAUUGUGAGCCAGCCCGGCGCCAUGGACAAGGUGAUCGACGAGAAGGGGAACGGCAAGACCAUCAAGAAGAAGUCUUUCAGCGACCCCAGCCGCCGCGGGGACCUGGCCAGCGCUGGCUUUGAGGGCCCCGGCGAGCCCAUCAGUGAGCUGGACCAGACCAUCCCGCCUUCCAGCAGCGAGCCCAUCCUCUCCGAGCAGCGGGACGAGGCAAGGGAGCUGGAGGAGCUGGACCCGGAGGCCGGGAAGCUGCGCUCUCAGUCCGAACACGUCCUACCGGCACAGCCAGGAGCCGGCGCUGCAGGGGAGGCCGGCCAGGGCUACAGUUUUGACCCCAAGCUUGCGGAAGUCCUGUCCCCCCGGGUCCUCCGGCGCAGCUCCAAGAAGCGCAACAACCGGGUGACCCACCAGGAGAACAACCAGACGCCGUCCUCGAGCCCUGCUCCCGCUCCCGCCACCAUCAGCAGGUCCCGGCUGGCCUCCAAGCACGUCCGGCACACGAGCGAGCCUUCCACCUUCAUCCCCAUUUCGUCCCCGGACCCGCCUGCAACGCUCAGCCACAAUGUGCACAUCACCACGCCAGAGCCAUCCCGGCUCCCCGUCAAGGCCUACCCCAUGCUCCAAGCGCCAUCCUUGGAGGAUGUUACCAAGCAGUACAUGCUGAACCUCAACUCUGGGGACUCGACUUCUGCUAGCCCUGUGGAUAUGCCCAGAUCAUCGCCAGCAACGCCAACGACUUCGGAGCCCAAGCUGCUGCGAUGUCCGAAACAGCAGGAGGACCACGGCUCCGGUGGUGCCAGGACCAAGCCCCAAGUGGAUAUGAGGAAACAUGUCACCAUGACCCUCCUGGACACGGAGCAGUCCUACGUGGAAUCCCUCCGCACCCUGAUGCAGGGUUACAUGAAACCUUUGAAGCAACCAGAAAACUCCAUCCUCUGCGACCCCUCCCUGGUGGACGAGAUCUUCGACCAGAUCCCUGAGCUGCUGGAGCACCACGAGCAGUUCCUGGAGCAGAUCAGCGGAUGCGUGCAGAACUGGCACGAGAAGCAGAAAGUGGGAGACCUGCUGGUACAAUCUUUUUCCAAGGAUAUCCUGGUGACCAUUUAUUCGGCCUACAUCGACAACUUCCUCAAUGCCAAGGACGCUGUGAGGAUAGCCAAGGAAGCCAGGCCAGCAUUCAUGAAGUUCCUGGAUCAAAGCAUGAGAGAGAACAAGGAGAAGCAGGCAUUGUCCGACCUGAUGAUCAAGCCUGUGCAGCGGAUCCCGCGCUAUGAGCUGCUGGUUAAGGACCUCCUGAAGCACACGCCCGAGGACCACCCCGACUACCCCUUCCUAAUAGACGCCCAAAGGAACAUCAAGCAAGUGGCCGAGAGGAUCAACAAAGGCAUGAAGAGCGCCGAGGAAGUAGAGAGGAAUGCCAGAAUAGUACAAGAGAUCGAGUCCCACAUUGAAGGGAUGGAGGACCUUCAGGCCCCUCUGCGGAAGUUCCUGCGCCAGGAGAUGGUGAUAGAAAUGAAGGCGGUGGGUGGGAAGAAGGACCGCUCGCUCUUCCUCUUCACGGACCUGCUGGUUUGCACCACGCUGAAGCGCAAGUCGGGGUCCCUGCGGCGCAGCUCCAUGAGCCUCUACACGGCAGCCAGCGUCAUAGACACUGCCAGCAAGUACAAGCUGCUCUGGAAGCUGCCCCUGGAGGACGUGGACAUCGUGAAAGGGGCCUCCCAGUCCACCAACCGCGAGAACAUCCAGAAAACCAUCUGCCGCCUGGACGAGGACCUGAGCACGCUGGGCCAAGUCAGCAAGCUCUCCGAGACUCUCAGCUUCCCCCACCAGAGCCUGGACGACGUGAUCAAGGACCUGAUGGCUGCCAUCCACCGGGAGCUGGCCGAGAAGCAGUCCCUGUCUUUCAGCAUGUCCUUCCCACCCAACAAAGUAGAGCUCACCACCACCAAGGCUGACGGCACCGAGUCCUUUGUCUUCGAGUUCCCCAACCCCGAUGCUCGGCACAGCUUCGAACAGGCUUUUGAGGAUGCCAAGAAGAAGCUGGCUUCCAACAAAAACUGCCUGGACCCUGAGUUCCUGAAGGCAAUUCCCAUCAUGAAGACACGCAGUGGGAUGCAGUUCUCCUGCGCCUCCCCCAGCCACAGUGGCCCCGAGAGCGCCUUUGAGGUGUGGGUGUGCAACAGCGAUGGCUACGUGGGGCAGGUCUGCCUCCUCAGCAUCAAGAAGGAGCCCACAGUCGAGGCCUGCAUCGCCGUCUGCUCAGCCAGGAUCCUCUGCAUUGCCUCCGUGCCAGGCCUGAAGAGGAUAUACAGGGAUCGUCCUGAGUCACUGGUGAGCCCUUCCACCGAGCCGGCUCCUUCGGCGCUGGAUGAUGCGGGGCCCCAACAGUGCCUGCACAUCUCCAUCUCCGGCUCCUCCCUGGAGCUCUCAGAGCCUGUGGACAGCGCCAACCGGGAGCUGAUGCCUUUUGACAGCGAUGACACAGAUGAUGAGUCCUCACCCAGCCCCUCGGGCACCCUCCAGAGCCAGGCCAGCCACUCCACCAUCUCCUCCAGCUUCGGAAACGAAGAGAUGCCAAGCUCCAAAGACGUGACAGCCGAGACGACCAGCUCCGAAGAAGAGCAAGACCCUGGCUUCCUCCCCAUCUCCAGUGCUUUCAGUCAGACCAGGAACAGUGAGAGCCCCAUGGACGGCCGGGCCAUGCGGCGGUCGAGCCGAGGGUCUUUCACCAGGGGCAGCCUGGAGGACCUGCUGAGCACUGACCCCGAGGCCUAUCAGAGCUCCAUGUGGCUGGGCACGGAGGAUGGCUGCAUCCAUGUGUACCAGUCCUCAGACAACAUCCGCAACAGGAAGAACAGCAUGAAGAUGCAGCACUCGGCCUCCGUCAUGUGUAUCCUGUACCUCGAUAACCAGGUCUUUGUGUCGCUGGCAAACGGAGAGCUCAUUGUCUACCAGAGAGAAGCAGGGCGUUUCUGGGACCCCCAGAACUCCAAGUCCCUGUCCCUGGGCUCGCCCGGGAGCCCUGUCACUAAGAUGGUGUCGGUGGCUGGGAAGCUGUGGUGCGGCUGUCAGAACAGAGUCAUCAUCCUCAACACGGGCACACUUCUCCAGGAGCAUGCGUUCCACAUCGGUCAGGACAACAACCGCAGCGUGACUUGCAUGGUGAGCUCCAGCCCUGGGAUCUGGAUCGCACUCCAGAGCAGCGCCCAGGUGCGGCUUUACCACGCCACCAGCUACGAGCAACUGGCCGAAGUGGACAUCACGCCGCCUGUCCACAAGAUGCUGGCAGGCUCAGAUGCCAUCAUCCGGCAGCACAAGGCUGCCUGCUUGCGGAUCACAGCGCUCCUGGCCUGCAAGGACUUGCUGUGGAUUGGCACGAGCGCCGGAGUGGUGCUGACACUGUCCAUCACAGCCAACGCCUCCAUCUGGAAGAUGCCGCCAACGCUGGUGGGCUUGUCCCAGGGCCACACAGGCCACGUCCGCUUCCUCACCUCCAUCGAACUGCCGGACGGCUUUGACAUCCUCUUCCCUCUGCCAAGGGAUCCAGGUACUGAGAAGCCAAGUGAGGUGGAAAAGAGGGACUCGACAAGGCACCGGGCCUCUAACAUGGCCCUGUCCAAAUCCAAGAUGCUCGUGAUCAGCGGCGGGGACGGCUACGAGGACUUCCGGCUCACCAACAGCAGCGAGACCGUGGGGCGAGACGACAGCACGAACCACCUGCUUCUGUGGAGGGUCUGAUCAGCCCCUGCUGUGGAGGGAGGAGCGCCGGCUCCAGCCCUGCCGAUCACGGACACUGUCGUGGCCUCCCGGUCCCAUCGGCCCCUCGACCCCUCUCCCCACACAUGUUUCGUCACCUGCCUUGGAGGCUCCGGCCCGCAUGUGGGCCACGUGCCGCCCGGCGGAGAGGGCCAGCGGCAGCAGGGAGAGAGGAGCCCCAUCGCGAGGUACCGUGUACAGACCACAUUGCACAGCCUGCGCUUAACCCCGCCCGCGUGUAUAUGUAUCCGUGCCUGCGGGGAGAGCUGCACGGAGAGCCCGGGCUUCUGUGGCAUUGCCCCAAAGGGGCCGUGAGGAGGAGGCGGCGGCAGCCGUCUUAGGGAGAGAGCGGGGAAGGGAACCCGUCUUCUGUGCCAUAAACGAAGAGCACGGUGAGCGCCCGGCCACUGGCUAAGGACAAACGCAGGCCUCAGACCCGGGUACACCCCAUGGAGGGCAGCAGGCCACCCCUUUAUCCAUGCAUCUGGCCAAGAGCCCCUCUUGCACCUCCACCAAACUCGCUGCACAGCUGCAUCCACCUGAACCACUGCCCUGCCAGCUGCUCCAGCUGACCCUGCUCACUCACCGCCGGCACCCAGAGAACCCCGUCUCUGCAAUAUACAUAUAUACAUACAUAUAUAUAUAUAUAUAAAAAUAUCCUUAUUUAUUUUCAAUGGGGGGCAGAGCUGUUUUGCCCAGAGCUGGCGUGAGGCAGUCAGAUCCAACCCGCGAGUGAAGCCAAGAGAGCAGGAAAGAGGCUGCCAACAGCCCAGCCUGGCAUCAGUGCCCCAGCUCUGGAGGAACCUAGCUACAAAGGGGAAAGCUGUGGCAGCUGGGUCCCAUUCUCCCACAUCCAUGGGUCUCGUGGGGGAGCGCCUGGGCAUGUGGGGUGGCGUUGUGUGAGGGGUGCCAGGCCCCGUGUAGCAAUGGGAGGAGUGUCCAGGGGAAAUGAACCAUGUGCAAUACUUAGCUGAGACCCCAGCGGUGCCGCCUGGGGGAUAUCCCAGCUCCCCUCUCAGCAGGCGUGAGGAGCGAGGCAGGGCAAUCCAGGCAGGACUUGGCACGUGGCAGAGGGAAGUCGCAGUCCGGCCAGAGGGUGCAGGGGCUGAGAACAGCAAACCCGUGCUUUGUACAGUAUUUAUAGUGGCUUUCUUAAUGAGUUGCCUUUAUUUGUUUUGUUUUGUUUCUCUUCCAGCACUUAAUUUAUGCAUUCAGCUUCCAGGUCCCGGCCCCUGCAUGUCAGGCAAGGGGCAGAGAGGAGCAUGGGGUUGUGCCCAGUCGGUGAGAACUAGUGAGCUCGCUGGCAGCAUGUCCUCCCUGCACACCCAGGUACUUCGCAGGCAGGCUCACCCCGAAAUACCAGACAGGGCUGACAGGUGCAGAAGUGGGCAGUGACUGCAUGGGGCCCUGUUGGAGGCCCCUGGGCAGGGCUGGCCUUUCAAAAGCACCCCACGUGAUUAAAGUGCGUUGCAACGCCUCCUGGUUCUGCUGGGAAGUUGGGCGGUGAUGUGAAGGCUGCAAAGCCAGGAGGCAGCACAUAAGAAAGGACUUUUGAAAAUCACCUCCCACAGGGCCACUGAGCUACCCUGAGUCAUGGCCCUUUUGGCAAAGGACGCCUCGGCUGCCUAAAGUGUGACUCUGAGCUGCGAGGGGCCGGAGCUACGCGUUCUGGGUUUGCACAGGAAGUCCAUGGCCACAGCCAGCACCCCGGGGCACUCCCCCUGCACAAUAAACAAAUGAGAUGCUUUGAGCGUCUAAACACAUGUCCUGAAGUUUUUAAAGAUGCUGUGCGGUCAGAUGUGCCCACAGACACCCUCCCAGCCUGCCGCCUGACCCUUGCUUCUGAGAAUCAGGAUGCUGAUUUAGAUGUCAGGACUGACAAUACAGAUUUAGGCUCCAGUUCAUUGUUGUUUUAAUCUCAGCCCAUCUUUCCAAAGACUUUCCAAAGAAAACCUGAUGUGGGGUCUCCCAGGGAUGUGUACCAGGAGCUAGCUGAGCAUCAAAACAAUCUGCCUGAAGUCCGUCGCCCACUCCCAUAGCUCGCAUGAAUAGGGCUGACUGCAUGGAGGCCAAGGUUGUGAUGCCUGCAUCCUCCAGCUGUGGUUCUAGCUCUGUCUAGCACUUGAAAAAGUUUCUUCUACUCAGGUCACUUCAUUAAAUGCUUAUUAAAGCCCUUAUUAACAGAUUCUGGUUCCCAGCAACCAGGGCAAUAGACAGGAGAGUGUUUUUGAAGCACAGGGCCUUCUUUGCAGCUCUGAGACAGCUUCUUCCCAUCCCUGCCUCAGCAGCUCCCCAUUUUUUUUCCAGUUUCACCCACAAGCCCAUUGAUUCUCCUGCACCCAUUUUCCUUAGUUAAAUAUUUGGGGCUUCUUUAAAGGACCAGGGUGGGGGUCAGGACACCUGGGGUCUGUUUUCAGCUCUGCCCCUGGCCCCUGAGCGAGUAACUUCUCUCCUCUUUGUCCCUCCCCUUCCCUUGCCUCUUCGCCUGUCUUGUGUAGUGAGGCUGCCAGCUUGCGCAGGCAGGGAUUGUUGGCUGCUCUGUGUUUUUGCCUUGGCUCACUCAAGGUUAAUAGCAUAAUCCUGAGGCUACCAGUGAAAGUUUCUGCAUGUUGGAAAAAGGGGUCCUCUGAGUGAGAUGGUUCUUCUUUUAAGAAAGGCCUGACGAUAUUCCCACGUGUACAGGUCAGAUUUUCUUGUGUGUUGGGGUAGGAGUGAGGAAGGAUUGACGGGACCUUGUCCUGCGAGGAAGGAUUGAAGGGAUCUUGUCUUGCACCUUUUGAAGGGACUCCUGUAGGGUCUGUAGAAGCAGUGGGGUUUAACCAAGGGGCAAGUCCAGCGUCUGAGUGGAUGAUAUUCCCAGCCGUUAAUCUAACUUCCAUCCAGUCCAGUGGGAAGGCGGCUCUCACCGACGUCCAUACUCUUGGCUAUGGCCACCAGUGAGCAGAGGUCAGGAUCAGCACUGUGAUGGACCAGUGUGUGCCGGUGGUAGAGAUUGGAUGCUAAGUGCAAGAGCAGAGGGUUUGAUGCAGAAUUUCUGGGGCAGGAGGGACCAGCCGGCAGUGUAGACAGCAUCAAGCCAGUUGGCCUAGCCUCUAGCCAAAUACUGGGCCAGCACCAUCCCCACAAGCUUGGGGCCUCGCUAGGAGCCACCAGAGCCCUGACUCAGCAAAGCACUUCAACACACAUUUAAGAUGCUGUGAAGCCAACACGGCCUCAGCACAUACGUACAGUGGAGCAUGGACUUAGUCACGUGCUUUGAGGUGAGCAGGUAUGUGAGUGCUUUGCCCUUGAUGCCUGCAAGCAAGAUACCCUCCCCUGUCCCAAAUCAGCAGCAUGAGCUCCACUCUGAGCCCUGGCUGCUGGACACACAUGGGAUUGCAAGGCAGAUCCCAAGUAUCGAUUUCAUAGAUGUUAUAGACACCAGGGCUGGAAGGGACCUCACGAUAUCAUCAGGUUCAGCCCCCUGCCCAAGGGGCAGGAAGUCAGCUGGGGUCAGAUCACCCCAGCAAGAUAAGCAUCCAAAUGUAUAGCAUCCAAGAUAAGCAUCCAAAUAUAUAGUAUAGCGCCUUCAGCACCCAUGAUAUAGAGGCUUCCUGGGCUAAAGAAAUAGCAUACUGUGCAUGGCCAUCACAUACAGGGCACCAUGUGCCCCUGGGCCGGUCAUGAGUCCUGCUCACAUCCAAACCCAGAGGUCACCUGGGAAAGUCCACACCAAAUAGAGCAUGGGGCUGUAGCUCUUCUCAGGCAUGUGAAUUUUCCUCCCAGCCUCGUGCUGAACUCUCACGCGACCACCCAUAGUAUUUAACCUGUCCAGGACAUUGAUGCUUAUUCUCCUUCUCCACUUUGCAAGCAUACAAGGGCAUUGUGGCAGCAAGAUCUUAGUGGCCAUGUUAUCCAGUAUUGCUUGGCCCUGUCUAAUCCCCACCACUUACAGCAGUAUACCCCUGGGAACAACCAUUGGGGAUGACAGCCCAAGCACUGUCUUGCUUCCCAUUGCUGGAGGAUACAAGAGCUCAUGUCCAUCUUGCCAGCUUCCUCAGUGGGGAGGCAAUUGUGAUCUUCAGGGAUUAGACCGCAUGUAGUGCGUGUUUUAGCACUGUGUGUGCAGUAGGAGGGAACAAAGCAGGUUCUCAAGCUCAGUGUGGGGGUGGUAGGAAGGAGAAUAACAGGGGUGAUUGGCAUUGCCGAAGCAUGGCUGCUCUAGGGUGUGGGUAGGGUGAUCUGGGCUGGGAAAUGAAUGAGGCAGCGAGCUCACUUACCCAUCCUCUCAUUGAAGGCUCCACCAUCUCCUAGAUGCUCCAGACAAACGGAUGAGGCAUCUCUGUCCUCAGGAAGAGACAAACCUCACGCCCCUUAUCCAUGCAGACUCCCUGGAGCAUCCCGUAAAGGAGGUGGGACGGGCAUCAGGGUACCCCGAGUUGGCUGACCUUGCCACAGACAAGUUCCUUAAUAAGAGCGGGUUUCACUGAUGCAGGUGGGCAGUGAGCUGCAGGGGGUUCAAAGCCCCAGAGUGUUAAAUGGCAUGUUAGACAAGCUGCGGGGUAGAUGGCCAGGUAGAUGUUCAUAGCAAACAGUGUGAAAGUCCCUCCCUCUCCAGCUAUUUGCAGGGGGCUCCAGCUCUAUCCAGAGCCUGCUGGAGUCCAUGGGAGUCUCUCUUUUAACAGCCUCUGGAUCCGUCCCCAGCCUGGAGGCAGCCAAGUGGUCUGUACUCUCAGUGCACUAAGCAGCCCCUUUCCCAGGACCAGACCCCAGGUUCAGUGUGCCGUGCUUCCCCCAUGACAAUGAACAGCACCCGAUAGCCAGCACCUUGCUGCAGUUUGGGGUACGAUCUGUGGGGACAGAGGAGCAUCAGUGCUUAACCCGGAGCUGAAGACAUCUCCACAUAGAGCAGGUUGGCAUUUCAGACAGCUCCCACCCUCUCCUUCAGCUGCCUGUUUGCAAACGAAUCCUCAGCUGUCCAGGCCUAAGGCGGCGAUUCCCAGCCACCGUGCAGAGAGAUGCUUUUAAGGGCGAUGCACAAUAUUAGCGCUGUUAGGUGUGCAAAAGUCUACACGGGAUUCCCAGGAUAAACCCAGAGAUUUCAAAUAGGAAUCCAAAAUGUCCAAAUCAUUCUACCCUUUUGUGGGCUUCCUGAGCUCUUUGCAACAGGAGAAUGGCUGUAAUACAUUUUUCCGUAGUCAAAAAAUGAGUGAAAGCAAAGAGCUGGCAUUUUCGGAGGGGGGCCUUGAGUCUAACAAGGCUGCCUCCCAGCUGAAAAGGUUGAGACUCUCUGGCCUAAGGGGAUCGUAGUAAUCAUCCAGUCGGCUGUCCUGAACGCAUGUCUUUCACCUGCUGCUUUCUGGACUGUCCGCUCUUUCAGUAAAAUAUUCUGAUGAUUUUUAAACAGUCUAAUAGUUAAGACCUUAGGUUCAGAUAUUUGGGGAGGGUUGGAUGCUGACCUCCCAUUGUCUUCACAGAGGGAAAGAGUUAGGGGGGUCAUUAUCUGAAUAUACAUGAAUAUACAUGCUAUAUACAAGGAAUAUACAUGAAUAUCCAUGUUAAAGACAUAAGCUUUUAACAACCUUGGAUUAAGUUUAGAAAGCAGUCUCCAACGCCCCUGCCUGGGUGGACUUAUGCUGUUCCUUCAAGGUGAACUUCCAUGCACUGGCUCUCUCCUUGGCUUGCUCAGUGCAGGUGUCCAGCAUGGGUGGGUUGGGUUGUACUUCUCCCACCUUUCUGCUUGGUUUUCUUCAUUGCUGCAAUCUUUAGCUGGCCUGAAUGGUGAGGGUUGUCACUGGGGUUGGGAGCUCUUUCCCCACCACGGGCAGGACGUUCCUCAGAUCUGUGCAAGAGCCACUUCCCUGUUGUGCUCAGUUGUCACCUCCCCGCCGGGGUCGGACCCCGAGGCUCUCUGAGAUGAGCGGGGUGGGUAGGUCUGUAGAUCAGCCUGCAGCUGAGGACACGCCAAAGGAAAUAGUGACUGUUUCCGUUGCAUUUCAGCUUGCAAACAAAGCCGACCCUGAGAGACCCCACGUGGACAAUCUGUUGAGUCCCUCUGCUCCCCUCUACAAGGCAGGUAGAGAAGGAGCAAUACCACGCUCCAUUUUUCCUUGGCCAGGAGUGCCUCUGGGCUCCCGGCACGGGAUGCCGCCCUGUACAGUGCACACACACCGCCUACCACGGUGCCCAUCCCACUCACCCCCCGAGCAAGACCCACACGCGUGACCCCACCAGCUAAUCCCUGUGGCCUUCUUCGAGAUGCAUGCUGCUGCUACUCCGCGAGAGAGCACCGGGGAGGCCUGUCCUUUGCUCCUCAGAGCUGGGGGCAAUGGUCAGAGGCACCAGGCUUUACACAAGGAGAGUACCAGGAAGAUGUGUUUUCCCAUCCUGUUCACUCUCCCCCCCUCCUUUGCCUCUGUCCAGUUGGCUUCGUUUCCCCGAACGGUGAGGCACACCGCCGAGACGCACUGUAAAUAGUGGUAUAUAUUGCCUCCUCUGUACAUACCGUUCUCAAGUCUGAUUGUUGAUAUGAAUUUAAUGGCAUAUUUUUAUAUACUUGUUUAAGUUUCACGGGCCAGCCAAGGUGCCGACCGCAUUUAAGUUAUAACUACUACUGUGCAUUAAAGCUGAGAACAAAACCA